AUGCUUGUGAUUGCAUUUCAUAUCCAUCUGGAUAAUCACAAUAUCUUCCCAUGUCAAAAGCCUCAACUGAAUUAUACCUUCAAAUACUAUUUUAUCACACUAGGAAAUGUUCAGAGGUUCCAGGGAUUAAGAUAUGGACAUCCACAUGGGGGCCACAUUCAGCCUACCAUAGGUGGUGAGUGCAUCACCUUACUAAAAACAAAUUUCUCCUUGGGCACAAGCCGGUCAGGGGCGAUCAAAGAUGAGAACAACCACCUGUCACAGCAAGAAUCAGUCUCCAAAAAAAUAAAAAUAUCUUAUCCUCACUCUGUGAUUCCAAAGUCAAUGAGAAGGGAAUUCCUUGGCAGUCCAGUGGUUAGAGCACUGUGCUUCCAUAGCAGGGGACACAGGUUCAAUCCCUGGUUGACCCCUCUUUCCAUGGGAUUCUCCAGGCAAGAAUACUGGAGUGGGUUGCCACGCCCUUCUCCAAAGCAACAAUAUAGAAGGGUUUUAAUAAAUUAUAUAAUAUCAACAGAAUGGAGUGUCAUUUAG